AUGAGGUGUGGGGGCUUCCCGAUGCUGGGCAUUCACGCCGCUAUUCCCGAUUUCGUCGGAAUGAGUCCCAAGUUUGUUGAGGACCGCGUGGAAGAACAAGAUCUGAAGCCGAAAGAACGGAGUUAUUCCAAACGAUCAGUAUUUUUAAAUCAUACUCGUCUCCAGCGACGCCUGAGAAAGUCUCUUUAUUAUGGAAAACAACCCAAGACGGAUCGACCGAGUUUGCCAAUGACCGGAAUUCUCGUGAACAUUUUUGCCAAUUGCGGAGUGCAGGAUUCCCUGGAAAAAUUGGACAUGGACACGUGUGCGUCGAUUGCGAGAGACGCGUGCAUCGCGCCGAGUGCCGUCGUCCUUGCCAUGAUCUACAUGGAGCGACUGGCCAAAUCCAACCCGGAAUUCAUGUACUCUGUUCCAUCUUCGCAUUUGUUCCUCGUCACGACUAUGGUGGCCUCCAAGUUUUUGUUUGAUGUCCACGAUGACGAAGGCGUGUACAACGACGAAUGGGCGAAAUCGGGAAGACUGGAAUUGGACCAAGUGAAUAAGCUCGAGAUCUCCUUUCUCUCGGCUUUGGACUGGAACCUUUUCGUGAGCAAGGAAAAAUUCGAGGAAGUUUUACUGAAAGUGGAAAAGACCAUUGCUUUGAGCGAGGGAUCUGAGAGAGGGUGGUUUUCUGUGUCGGACUUGAUGACCCUGGGUGCGAAUUCUGGGUUCAUGUCGAGAUUCUACGACCAGGUCUUGCAGCAGGUUCUGUCGGUAUUCUUUGUGACGAUGACGACGUAUUUCCUGGCGGCGCUGACGAUGGCGGCGGCCGUGGUGGUUGGCGAGGAGGCGACACGAGCCCUGGCCAACGUCCUGCAGCCGAUUCCAGCAGACAAUUCCAUCCUCGUGACCCCGGAACUCCUGACGACGUCCUCCUCCUCCUCCUCGGUUUCCGUGUCCGACUCGCCGCCGCCCUCGCUUCAUCUGGAGGAAGACGAAGACGCCGUCGUCGCCAUCGCUGAACAACUCGGGACCCGACUGGCCAUGCUGCAUCUCCGCGCUGCCGAGAAGAAUUUCAACAGCAGCAGUAGCCGCGUGUUGUGGCCAAAGGGCUGCGACAGGGGUGGUGGUGGGCCAUGUCUGGGCUGGGCCAGGAAAAGGGUCAUGACGACGACGACGGCGACGGCGAAGAUGUGGGACUUUGAUGUCAUUGAUACGGAAAUAUUGCCGAGGGAAAUCCCGCAGUCGACGAGGAUUUUGUCGAGUUGAAAGUCGGCAACGUUAUUAUUAUUUUUUUGUGGUCUUUUCCACCGAAAAUCCUAAUCCAGUUCUUAACUUUUCGAACAAACGUUUAGUUUAAAACGAACGAAAACCCCGGACGAAGUGACCUCUCUUCGAGACACGAGAGGAAAAAAAGAAAAAGGAAAAUGUGACUCUUGGGAAGUCGGGCAAGUUUGAUUUAAUCAAGUAUUCCUAAUAUUAUAGUUUUUUUUUUUUUCCUGU